AUGCAUCUGGCAUACAAUAAUCUUACUAAGGCAAUUGAAAACCUCCAUAUUUAUCUUGAUAACCCAAUGCCAGUUGAAGAAUUUCUUUCUAUUCCUGCAGAAGACAUUGUUUAUAAAAUUUCUGUAGAUGACCAAGUUAUUGGAAAACUCAUAAAAACUUUCAAGCUAGUCAAUCUAACUUGUAAUGAUUUGGAAGAAGAAGAUAAUAAAGUAAAUAAGUAUAUUAAGGCUAUAAGAAAAAUUGAAAAAUUUUUUAAAAAAAAAAUUGUCCUGGCAACAGCAAAGCAAAAUUAA